AUGUCUUUCCCAAGAAAGACGGGAUCACCCAAUCCAAUGUCGAUCAAAGCGAAUGACGUUGAUCUCUUUCAUUCCGGUAACCCCAUCAUUGUAUCAUUGUUUGAUCGCUUAUGGGUGCGUUUGGAUGCUGGGAAACUGGAUGAAAAUGAUAGAAAAGCAAAAAGAACUACUUAUCUUUCUGCUUCAAAUAUAGCCUUAAUGCAGCUGUUGGAGCAGAUAGAUAAACUAUUCGAUACAUACGCAAAUGAAAUGACAAACUUGAUCGAGGCAUCAGGCAUAGAGGAACUUUGUUCAGAUUUAAAGGUGGGUGCGGAUGAUGUGAGAAUGCUGAUGCUUGCAUGGAAAAUGAAAGCGAAAAAGCAGGGAUUUAUAACUCAGGAUGAGUGGCGGAGGGGCCUGAAAGCUCUGGAAGCUAACUCCCUGGAGAAGUUACAGAGAGCACUCCCAGCGUUGGAGAGAGAGGUAAUGAGGCCUUCGAAUUUCAAGGAUUUCUACGCUUUUGCGUUCCGGUACAGCCUCACAGAAGAGCGGCAGAAGACGGUGGACAUUGGCAGCAUCUGUCUACUGCUGAAGAUAGUUCUAGGUUCCCAGUUCCGCCCUCAGGUGGAUUCCUUCACCCAGUAUCUACAGAUGCAAAAAGAAUACAAGGUACUGACAUUUGAUCAAUGGAUGGGGUUUUAUCAAUUCUGCAAUGAGAUAAGCUUUCCGGACCUUAACAACUAUGAUGAUCAGCUUGCUUGGCCGUUGGUCCUAGACUCUUUCGUGGAAUGGAUCAGACAAAAGAACAACUAG